AUGUUUGUGAAGCUUAAAGAACUUCAACGACUGGAUCUGUCACACAACAGUUUGCUAUCCCUGAGCAACAAUGGCAACCUUAGUCUUUUCUUGCCAAAUCUUGAUUACUUGUCAUUGUCAUCAUGUAAUCUAACUGAAUUUGCAAAUUUCUUGACAAUACAAGAGAGUUUGCGAGAGUUAUACCUUUCGAACAACAGCAUUCAAGGCCAAAUUACCAAACAAGAAAGAACUUGGGGAAGCAACCUAGGGACUCUUGAUCUUUCUAACAAUUUGUUGACGGUUGUAGAAUAUUAUCCAUGGAGGAAUAUAAAUGUUCUUAGGCUUGACUCCAACCUGCUAGAAGGGCCACUUCUAGUACCACCGCCUUCCACAUCUAUUUUCUCAAUCUCAAACAACAAAUUGACGGGAGAAGUUCCAUAUUCGAUUUGCGAAUUCGGCGAUUCAGAAAUUGAUGCAACUCUCGACUUGUCUCAUAACAACUUGAGUGGAGUAAUUCCAAAAUGUCCAGGCUUGGCAAAUAUUGCUUACCUGGAUUUGCAUGCGAAUAAUUUUCAUGGAAACAUCCCUGAUUUUUGUGUUAAUGAAAACAAUAUGUUAAGUACACUUAAUCUCAACGACAAUGAUUUUGAUGGGCCAUUACCUACAUCCUUGGCCAACUGUCUUCUUUUGGAAGUGUUGAUUCUUGGAAACAACAAGAUAAAUGACACCUUUCCCUAUUCGUUGGGAAAUCUUCCCUCGCUACAAGUGCUUGUCUUGCGCUCCAACAAUUUCCAUGGUCAAGUAAUCAAUCCAGACAACCAAUCUUAUUUCUCAAGUCUGCGAAUCUUAGACCUCUCCCAUAAUAAUUUCUCUGGUUAUCUGCCAACAACUUUCUUCAAGAGUCUUGAAGGUAUGAUGGGUUUGGCCGAUGUUGAUAUGGCUUAUAUGGGAGAUCGUUUUCAAUAUUACACCGAUUCCAUGGUUCUCACAAUGAAAGGUGAGGACAUUGUGCUAGAGAGAAUUCUAACUAUUUUUGCAGCCAUCGAUAUGUCAAGCAACAAAUUCGAAGGAACAAUUCCAGAAACAGUUGGAAACCUUAUUUCUCUCCAGGUGCUCAACUUUUCUCACAACCACUUAACCGGUCAUAUUCCUUCCUCAUUGGGGAAUUUGGUAGCACUUGAGUCGCUAGAUCUUUCUUGCAACAAGCUUGUUGGGGAGAUUCCUUCGGAGUUGGCUGGUUUGAAUUUUCUUGAAGUGUUAAACCUGUCAGAGAACCAGCUCGUUGGGCUCAUACCUCAGGGAAAACAAUUCAACACCUUUCUCAACGAUUCCUACGCAGGCAAUAUAGGACUGUGUGGGUUUCCCGUUUCAAAAAGCUGCAGCCGUAGUGAACCACCACCAGAAAUUUUUGAGGAAGAGGAAGUUGAUUCUGCAUUUGGAUUGGAUUGGAAAUUUGUAAUGAUGGGUUAUGGAUGUGGAAUGGUUUUUGGAUUUUCAGCUGGAUACAUCAUGAUGACAAUUCGGAAACCAAAAUGGCUUGUUGGGAUGAUUCAACGAGCAGGCAACAGAGUUCUUAGGAGAUUCAAGAAAUAUCGUUGA